GACGAGACGUAAACGGCGAAUCGCUUUACGGCGGGCAGCAGCCAUGUCUUCUGUCUUUAGCGGCGUGCUGCAGUUGACCGAUCUCGACGAUUUUAUCACGCCGUCUCAGGAAUGUGUCAAACCUGUCAAAGUAGAGAAGAAAGCCGGCAACUCUGUGGCCAAAAUCCAGAUAGAAGAUGAUGGCAGUUAUGUCCAAAUCAACCAAUCCGGGCAGAAGCAGAAGCUUUCAAAAGCAAAGAUCACGUUGAACGACUGUUUGGCUUGUAGCGGAUGUAUAACUUCGGCCGAGAGCGUCCUCAUCACGCAGCAAAGCCAUGAGGAGCUCUUCAAAGUGUUGCGCAACAAUAAGGUGAGCGAGACAGAGAAGAAGGUGGUGGUGGUGUCAGUGUCACCUCAGUCCAGAGCGUCGCUGGCCGCAUUCUACGGCCUCAGCAGCAGCAGCGAGGCGGGCAGGAGGCUCACCUCCUUCUUCAAAGGCCUCGGCGUCCAUCACGUGUUUGACACAAGCUUCAGUCGGACCUUCAGCCUGCUGGAGAGCCAGCGGGAGUUCGUGGAGCGCUUCCAAAGGAAGGAGCAGGACAGCCGAUCCUUGCCCAUGAUGACAUCAGCAUGUCCAGGUUGGAUCUGCUAUGCGGAGAAGACGCACGGAGAGUUUAUUCUUCCUUACAUCAGCACCACUCGCUCACCUCAGGCGAUGAUGGGCUCUCUGGUUAAAGGCUAUUUUGCACAAGAGCAGGGCCUGAGCCCACAGCAGAUCUACCACGUGGCGGUGAUGCCCUGCUUCGAUAAGAAACUGGAGGCCUCCAGGCCGGACUUCUACCUGAACGAAGCGGAGAGCAGAGAAGUGGACUGCGUCAUCACGUCUGGAGAAGUUCAGAAAAUGCUAGAGGAGGAAAACGUGACUCUUAAUGAUAUCCAAGCGGGACCUCUAGAUACACUUUUCAGCCGCGUACGAGACGGCAAGUUCCUUAGCCACGCCGGGAGCGGCUCAGGCGGUUACCUCCAUCACGUCUUCACCUACGCGGCCAUGCAGAUAUUUGGAGAGGAGGUCAAGGAACUCACCUAUAAGAUCCUCCGGAAUAAAGACUUCCAGGAGGUGACGCUGGAGAAGGACGGAGCGGCGGUGCUGAGUUUCGCUUCCACUUACGGCUUUCGCAACAUCCAGAACCUGGUGCAGAAACUCAAGAGGGGGAAGUCGCCGUACCACUUUGUGGAGGUUAUGGCCUGUCCCUCGGGAUGUCUGAACGGGGGCGGGCAGCUGAAACCGUCGCCCGGUCAGAACCCGAAGGAGUUCUUCCAAAAGGUGGAGGCGCUCUACCGAGCCGAGCAGGUCCCGGCGCCGGAGGACGACGCCGCCGUGGCCGAGCUGUACCGCUCGUGGCUCGGCAGCGUGGGCCAGGAGCGCGCCAAAGAGCUGCUGCGCACAGACUACCACGCCGUGGAGAAGAUGAUCAACGGGCUCGCGAUGAAAUGGUGACCCCGCGCAAACCGCCAAUCGCGUGCGACUGCAGUACUUCAGUGGCAAAUGAGAUUUUAAGUUAAGUGUCAAGUCAAAGGUAUUUUAUCACCUUAAAUGUUUAAAUAUUAAAGAAGCUUGGCACCAAAUUCAGUACCACUCAUUUAAAUAUUAUACACAUAUAUUUUGAUCAAAUAAAAACAUUCACCA